GACCGAGCCAGAUUGUUGGGGAGUGCUUUCUGGGGGAGUGGAGGUGUGAAGCUCUUGGUCGCGUCUGGCGGCAGUCACACAGCUCCCCAGGGGCGUGAGGCUGACUUCCGCUCUGCUGGAUUCCGAACGCUAACGUCAGGCAUCCCCAUCUCCCGCCCGGGUUAGAGGCACAUCUUUGGAACAAGAUCUGGAAACUACCAUUAAGCCUCAAGCCUUGAGUUACUGGAAGCUUGAACCUCCAGAGAAAGUAUUUUGACCUGAGCAUUUAGACAUUUCCCAUGGCCCUGACAAUGCUGAAUGGGCUUCUGAUUAAGGACUCAAGUCCACCUAUGCUGCUGCACCAGGUUAGCAAGACUCCCCAGCUAGAUACCUUCAACUACCAAAGCUGCUUUAUGCAAGAUGUUUUUGCCCAUUUCCCAGAGAUCUUAUUUAUCCACCGGACCUAUAAUCCAAGAGGCAAGGUGUUGUACACCUUCCUGGUGGAUGGACCUCGAGUGCAGCUGGAGGGUCCUCUAGCUCGGGCUGUCUACUUUGCCAUCCCUGCCAAGGAGGAUGCUGAAAGCCUCGCCCAGAUGUUCCAGGUGUUCAAGAAGUUUAACCCAGCAUGGGAGAGAGUCUGCACCAUCCUGGUGGAUCCCCACUUCCUCCCACUGCCCACCCUCGCCAUGGAGUUCCCCACCGCUGAGGUCUUGCUCUCGGCCUUUCACAUUUGCAAGUUCCUCCAGGGCAAGUUCUAUCAGCUGUCCCUUGAACGACCUGUGGAGAGGGUGCUCCUGACCUCCCUGCAGAGCACCAUGUGCUCAGCCACAGCAGGCAACCUGAGGAAGUUGUAUACACUCCUGAGCAACUGCAUCCCCCCAUCCCGGCUGCCGGAGCUCCACUCACACUGGCUGCUCAACGACCGCAUCUGGCUGGCCCACCGCUGGAGAAGCCGAGCCGAGAGCAGCCGCUACUUCCAGAGCCUUGAGAUUACCACCCGCAUCCUCAGUCAGUUCUUUGGCACCACCCCAUCUGAGAAACAGGGUAUGGCCUCUCUGUUCCGAUACAUGCAGCAAAACCCUGGAGACAAGGCAAGCUUCAGCCUAGGCCUGGGUCCCCAGAACAACUGUCCUCCAUCAGAGGCCAGCCCUGAAAGCCCCAGAGUUGAGCAGUUGGUAGAAGCUCGCAUCCAGCACUCCCUCAAUGCCAUCUGCACAGGGCCAGCAGCCCAGCUCUGCCUGGGUGAGCUUGCUGUGGUCCAGAAAUCCAUGCACCUCAUCGGCUCUGACUCAGAAAAGAUGAACAUACAGAUCCUAGAGGACACCCACAAGGUGCAGCCGCAGCCCCCUGCCAGCUGUAGCUGCUACUUUAACCAGGCCUUCCACCUGCCCUGCCGCCACAUCCUAGCCAUGCUCAGUGCCCGCCGCCAGGUGCUCCAACCAGACAUGCUGCCAGCUCAGUGGACAGCAAGCUGUGCCACCAGUCUAGACAGCAUCCUGGGCAGCAAGUGGAAUGAGACCCUGGAUAAGCACCUGGCAGUGACACUUUUAACUGAGGAGGUGGGUCGACUCUUGCAGCACUGCAGCAAGGAGGAGUUUGAGCGGCGGUACAGCACCCUGCGGGAGCUAGCCGACACCUGGAUCGGCCCCUACGAGCAGGUGCAACUCUGAUCACUCCUGACGCCCAGAAAUGCUCCUGUGCCACAUGUACACUCACACACUCAAGCUCUCAGUCGGCCAUGGUCCCUGCUUCCACAAUAAGGACAAGAGUCUUCUACUCUACCAUAGUCUGCUCCGUAAAAUGUGUCUUUAAGAUUCUUUCUGUAAAGAGCCCGAGAGUAAAUAUUUUAGACUUUGAUGGGCAUAUAAGUGGCUGUUGUAUGUUCUUGGUUUUGUUUUGACAACAUUUUCAUAAGGUAAAAACAGUUCUUAGCUCAAAGAUCUUACAAAAAUAGGCAACCCCAGAUCCAAGAGAAGACAUUGGGUGCUGAGUUUGAGGGCCAGGGCUUGGUAACAGCUGCCCUAGUCAUGAGAUCACUCACCUGACCACACCCCAUGGGUGAGUUGACCCGGGAGCCUUCCCACAGAGGAGAGGCUGCUCAGGAAAGUGGCUGAGCCAGGUUCCCAGCAAUUUUUCUCCUGGCUCCAUCUUGGGAUCAAUAAAGUUAAAUGUUGCAUA